AUCAGGCAGGUUGUAAACUCGAGAGGCAAAAGGCAAAAUAAGAAGACAGACAGACAGACAGACAGACAGAGAUGGUGCUAUUAAACAGAGCUCUGCACAUCCCCCUUUAACGACAAAAUAACAAAUGGGGAGAAAGAGAGCUGAUGGAGUUCCAAUCGUUGUAUGGAUGAGACAGGAAAGAAUUUGUGUUUUAAGGACUUAACUUUUUUUUGUUUAAAAAAAAGCAAAAGGAAUAUAGAAAUUUAAAUAGAAGCAUGCUUCCAAACUUUGGCCCGUUUUCUCUGAGCAGGAAGCCAACCCAUGGGAUGUUGUAAUUGGAGUGCCUGGUUUCAUCUCGGCUUUUCGAAGGCGCCUCUCUUCCUGACCAUGAUCAUAGUGCUCACCUAUUUUGUCUACUGUCUGACGGGCUACUGCGAGACCAUGCCGAGCCCUAUCGCGGGCGCCUCCCCGCAUCAGCAGCAGCAGCAGCAGGCGGCCGGGGAACCGGGGCGAGCCCGGAGCGCGGAACAUGGACAGCAACAGCCCGCUCUGCCUGCUCCUUCCACCGGCCAGGGGGCAGCAGCAUCAGCCGCCGCCAACAUCUCGGUCUUCAACAGCUUUGGGACGCAGAAGUUCCCCCAGGCCGUCAUCAUCGGGGUGAAGAAAGGCGGAACCAGGGCUCUGCUGGAGUUCUUACGGAUUCACCCCGAUGUCAGGGCGGUGGGCGCCGAGCCGCACUUCUUCGAUAGAAACUACGAGAGGGGACUGAACUGGUACAGGAACCUUAUGCCUCGCACUCUGGAAGGACAGAUCACCAUGGAGAAAACCCCGAGUUAUUUUGUCACUAAGGAAGCCCCGAAGCGAAUCUUUUCUAUGUCGAAAGAGACCAAAUUGAUUGUGGUGGUCAGGAACCCUGUGACCAGAGCUAUUUCGGACUACACACAAACGCUGUCCAAGAAUCCGGGAGUCCCGAGCUUUCAAAUGCUGACCUUCAAAAACAUGAGCACGGGCCUCAUUGACACAUCGUGGAGUGCCAUCCGCAUUGGGAUCUAUGCCAAGCAUCUGGAGAACUGGCUUCAGUACUUCCCCCUGUCCAAGAUUCUCUUUGUGAGCGGGGAGAGGCUCGUGACAGAUCCAGCCGGCGAGAUGGGCCGUGUGCAGGACUUCUUGGGCCUUAAGAGAGUCAUUACUGACAAACACUUCUAUUUUAAUGAAACCAAGGGCUUUCCUUGCCUGAAGAAGCCAGAGGGUAGCAGUAGGCCCCGCUGCCUCGGCAAAUCAAAGGGAAGGACUCACCCCAAAAUAGACAUGGAUGUUGUUCUUCGGCUCAAAGAGUUCUACAGGCCAUUUAAUCUGAAGUUCUACCAGAUGACAGGCCAUGAUUUUGGCUGGGAGUAAACCACUACUUGUCAAGCACAACACUUAAUUGCCUUUCCAAAGCAACCAACUUUUAACCUUGUGCUGUAAAGUCCAGCUCGAUUUGCCUCCAUUUGUUUUGUGAGCAUGCACUGAACCUUUAGGUCGAAGCUCUCAUGCCAGACGUCUUAAAAAGAACGGUGUAAAAAUGGCAAAUACAAAUAAAGGGAAUCCCCUAGGAAUGAAAAGAAAAGUCCCUAACUGCUCCCAAUUCUUGGACAGUGUUGGAAACGAACUGAAAGACCUUUACGGCUCCAGAACUGUCCAACCCAAGGAGUAGUUGUCAGCGGUUGUGACAUUCAGAAUAAACAAUAAUGCUCAGCUUUUUUUUGACAAAAGGAUCAUUUUGGGAUCCUCUAUUUGCAUUCAUGGUGUUGUCCAAGGCAAGUGGCAUUUAUUAUGAAGCAUGUUGAAUUAAAUACUGGCCCCGACAAACAAACAUUCUUGAAGAUGUCGAGAUCUGGUCCCCCCACUGGCAAAAUUGAUUUAUCACAAUCAAAUAAUAAACUGUAAAAUGUGCAUCGCUUCUGAAUUCACCAUUGCUUGGUGUUUUAAUACCUUUAUUCCUAUCCAUUUUCCCAUGUAUGCUCAUUCUACCGAAUUAGUAGCAAUACUUUUUCUCAAUCUGUUUGAUAUUUAGCACGUUUUGCAUCAUUGGUAUUUUCCAUUGUGAGAUCCUGGCAAAAGCGAUCAUGUUUAACAUUACAGCAAGCAAUGAAAACACGAGCAAAAUAUAGAACGUGCCUGUCUCUAGACCAAAUUAACUGCUCAGGAUUAGACUGCACAAACCCAUUUAUGAAGCAACUAACCGUGGGAUAGCGUCAAUUGCAGUUGUCUAGGAUGGUUAGAGAUGGUAUUUGAAAUCCAAAUUGUCUGUAAUUCGAAUCAUAGAGUCCUUACAGUGUGCAAACAGGCCAUUUGACCCAACAAGUCCACACCGACCCUCUGAAGAGUAACCCACCCAGACCCAUUCUCCUACACUAUAACUCAACAUUUACCCAUGACUAAUGCAUCUACCCCACAUAUCCCUUAACACUAUGAGCAAUUUAGCAUGGCCAAUUCACCUAACCUGCACAUCUUGGACUGUGGGAGGAAACCCAUGCAGACACAGGGCGAAAAUGCAACCUCCACAAAGACAGUAACCCGUGGCUGGAAUCGUCCCUGGCACUGUGAGGCAGCAGUGCUAACCACUGAGUCACCGGGCUGCCCAUGCAACCGUAGGUUUUGGGGGGGAGAAAAUAUCAUAUCUGUUUCAAAUUGACCCAGUUUUAAUCACUACGUUUGCAGCUAAGCUGUAUAUUUCAUUCUUAAAUUCUUCUGUCCGUAGACUGAAAAAGAGAAAAUUACAGCAUUUUACUUUUUGUAUCUAAUGUUUUCACAUAGAGUCUGACUGUACUGAUUGAAAGCUCAUUGUUACAGAUUGGCAGGCAACCAGAUAUCAUCUGUUGAUGUUUGUUAGAUUAGAGAAAGGCAAUUGCAUCCAUUAAAUGCUCUGGAAAGAGUGAACAGAGUUUGAACACAUUAAUCCAAAUUUAAUUUGGUUUCCUCUGACCUGAGCAAAUACCAGUGUCAAAUUCAAAGUCCAAAGCUUGAUCCAGCACAUCAGACAAGAGAACAAGCUGGGACGCUGAAAGGUUAGCAGCUUAAUUUUACCGAGUGCUACUGAGUAAAAUCACAGUCAGAUUACUCAAAUACCAGCUCCAUAUUAAGGUGAAGGAGUUUUUUUUUGCAAGUAUAGAUUUGUACAGUACCUUUUUUCUCAAAUAUGGGGAAGUGUCUUCAACCUUAUCACCUCCCCUCCAUUAAUGUAGGGAAAAGAUUGCUCCAUUGCUUUGGAUAUUGUUGUCCUUCUGUAGACUGAGUCCAAUUUAGUUCAGUGCUGAAAUCCAUUGCAAUUACAGAAAAUCCCAGGAAGACCAAUUUCAGUGAAAUGCAAACUCUUCUGUCAUAACAAUGCUUACUUGCUAUUUAGUAAGCUUUCUCAUGUUUUCUCAAAGAAUACAGAGCAGCGAUGGACAGUGGGUACGCUGUUAGACGUUCAGCUUGCAAAUCUACAGCAGGUUUAAACUUGGUUAAAUACAAAAGCAUGUUCUGUCAAUGCAUUUUCAUCUUGAUCAGAUACGAAUAAAAGGCAUCUUCUUGGUAUUAAAUUUUCUCAUCGUCAAAACCAAGUGCAGCCACUUGCAGAUGGUAAACUGCUCAAGUACUUGUUGCUAGCAGACUAACAAACCACACAACAUGGCCUCAUGAACAAUAACUUUGCUCCUCAAUGCUACAGUCACUAGAAUCACCUCGUGAAACACAUUUAAGGUUGAAACCUUUCACAUGUUUCAUCAUGUCACAAGCCAAUGGACAAAAGGUAUCAAACCUAAAAAAAAAUGCUGGCUUUCCUUUGUGGGUUUUUAUACUUUAAACUGUUAAUUGACAUUGACACAGUUUCCUAUUGUAUUCAUAAUGUAUGGUUAAGAGUAACUAAUAUAAUUUUGUUCAACUAAAGUCCCUGUAUGUUUUGCA